AUGUCGAGUCCCUCCAGAUCACCUACAUUGUCAACAGUUUCAAACUCAUCUCCAAAGACUUCUAUCAUCAUAUCAAAUCUAGACAAGGAUGAUUUCGUCAAACCAGCUAAAGAUUGCACCAAACCACAAUUGAUUUCAAAGAAAUUGUCACUAGUAGACCAAAUCAAAUUAAGCGUAUUGAACCACGACGAGAACGUAGUACAGCAUAUCACUUAUUGGUCAGUAUUACCCUUUCUACACCGAAUAAUUAUUAUAUUCGACAAGGAGUUUAAUGCAAAAGCAAACUUGCAGUAUUUGGACGAGCUAUUAUCGAAGCAAUUUCCAUACAUAAAGCUUUCAUUACAGGAAAACUUGCUUCAAAAAUCAAAGUCACAAGACCAAAUCGAUGGCGCAGCAUAUUCACUGACAGAAACCCACUUGAAUGUCACCAAAAGCUUGGCAAACUUUAGAAGUUUCCAUAACGACCCCAAAAACGAAGAUGUCUCAUCUUUAGCUUUUGCAUCAGAGUAUGUUGAGCCGGCACCAGCCCAGUUCAACGUCAUCUCAGACUUGUCCAAGUUGGGUAUAGAUUUGAGCCAAUACAACAGUGACGAACAAUUGAACGAAUUGAAACAAGACGAAGAGGAGUCCCGCGCCAACCAAGCCAACAACACACAAAAGACAUCGAGAUCAGGGUCUAUAUCUGCAGCUGCAGCUGGCUCAAGAUCUAGAAGUCCAUCUUCGUUGUCACCGGUGUUACCCCAAGGUUCGCCUGCAUUUGCAUCGCCAUCCCCAUCCUCUACAACAACAGCAGCAACAACAACUGGAUCGACUAAUAGUGAUAUGCCAAUGAGAAGAAGGUCUACAAAAACACUAUUCAAGCCGGACUUGAAAGUCAAAACUAGUGGAAUCAGCAACAACAACAACAACAACAGUACUGGAGCAACAAAUCUGAAUGUUGAAGAACAGGCAAAAAGGAAAAAGUCUUUUCCAUUCGAUGAAGAGCUGGAGAAUUUCCCAUCUUCACCAACAAUAACCUUAGAUGAGACCUUUUAA